AUGAUGAAUAACAUUUCUGUGAUUUCAGUGUUUUUUCUUUCAGGUCUAAAUGAAACAAAGGUUCACAGACCAACUAUUUUCUUUCUCACUUUAUUAAGUUACUGCUUAAUAAUUCUAAUAAAUGUGUUUCUUAUUGUGAUUAUAAUAACGGAUAAUGCUCUCCAUGAACCAAUGUACAUUUUGCUGUGUGCGUUUUGCAUGAAUGGUCUUUAUGGAACAGCAGGUUUUUAUCCUAAGUUUCUGUGGGAUCUGCUCUCUCCUGUUCAUUCCAUCUCUUACUCAGGCUGCCUUUUUCAGUCUCAUGUGAUAUUAUCUUAUGGCUGCUGUGAGCUGUCCAUCCUUGCAUUCAUGGCCUACGACAGGUACCUGGCUAUAUGUCAACCGCUUGAGUACCACACUCUCAUGUCAAAGCAGAGAGUCAUAAAGUUCGUGUGCAUUUUUUGGUUAACACCUGUCUGCAUUAUGACUGUAAAUAUUUUACUAACUUAUAGGUUGAAGUUAUGCAGCUCAUAUAUAAACAGACUCAUCUGUGUAAACUGGAGCAUCGUAGCAUUGGCUUGUUUUCCAAAUGAGACCUUUAUGAAUGGACUAUUUGCAUAUAUUACAAUGAUUAUUUAUGUAUUUCAUGGUGUCUUUAUUGUUUGGUCAUACAUAUAUAUUGUUAAAAGAUGUGCCAAAUCCAUGGAGAACAGGGCAAAGUUCAUGCAGACUUGUGUCCCACAUUUAGUUUCUUUAAUCAUUUUUGUAGUGACGUUAUUGAUUGAUUCUGUAAAUCUUCGACUUGCUGAAAAAGGUAUACCAAAGGCGGUUCAAAACUUUGUUGCAAUAGAAUUUUUGAUUAUUCCUCCAAUGUUAAAUCCACUCAUUUAUGGGUUUAAAUGCACCAAAGUUCGAAGCAGAAUUAUUAGAUUUGUUGUUUCUGAAAGAAAAUAA